AUGCCUCAGAGUCUAGAGACUCUGACAGAAAAUCUGGCCAAAGAGGGCUUAGUGAAAUUCAGUAACUUUUCUAAGGCAUUUACCGAAACAGAAGCCAAAUUCCUACUAAGAAAGGGAAUAUAUCCCUACGAAUACGUAGACACUGCCGAUCGAUUCUUAGAACAAAAGUUACCACCAAAAGAGAAAUUUUAUAGCUCGUUGAGUCGCUCACACGUGUCAGAUGCAGAUUACGCACAUGCACAGACCGUGUGGGAGAAAAUGGACAUUCGAGACCUCGGUCAGUAUCACGACCUCUACCUCAAGACGGAUGUGCUACUGUUGGCCGACGUAUUUGAGAACUUCAGAAACAUGUGUCUCGAUUAUUACGGGUUAGAUGCGGCUCACUUCUAUACCAGUCCCGGUCUGGCUUGGAGUGCAGCUUUAAAAAUGACGAGAGUGAGGUUAGAACUCAUCAGAGAUCCAGACAUGUAUCUCUUUUUUGAAAACGGAGUGAGAGGUGGAGUUAGCAUGAUAUCAAACAAAUACGCUCAAGCUAACAAUCCUUAUAUUCCAGAAACUUACGAUCUCUCCCAACCACAUUCGUACAUCAUGUACACGGACUGCAAUAAUUUGUACGGAAAGGCAAUGUCGGAGCCGUUGCCAAUCGGUGGGUUUCGGUGGGUGGACAAUCCACAAACAUUUGACAUAACCAAAGUCUCCAAACACGGAGAUCUGGGUUACGUACUGGAAGUAGAUCUGGAAUAUCCAGACGAACUUCACGACAGCCAUUCCGAUUACCCCCCUCGCACCGGAACAAAUCUGCAGUUGUACCUGGAAUUGGGUCUAAAAAUAACCAAAAUCCACCGAAUCCUAGAAUUCAAGCAGACACCUUGGCUACAUCCAUACAUACAAUUCAACACCUCAAAAAGAGCGUCCUGUAAGAACGAGUUUGAGAAAGAUUUCUUUAAACUCAUGAACAAUGCCGUAUUUGGCAAGACGAUGGAGAACGUGCGCUCCAGAGUCGACAUCAAGCUGGCACACACGGAAAAGAAACUAAAAAAAUACGUGGCAAGGCCUUCGUUUAAAAGAUUUACCAUCUUUAACGAAGAUCUAGUAGCCAUCCAGAACGACAAAGUCAAACUCGUACUAAACAAACCCGUAUAUGUUGGACAGACCAUUCUAGAUCUAUCCAAAUGUAUCAUGUACGAGUUUUAUUACAAGUACCUAAAACCCAAAUAUGGACAUGGAAUCAAGCUACUCAUGACGGACACGGACAGUCUUUUGUAUCACGUCCAAUGUCCAGACGUUUAUGACGACAUUUAUCGGGACAGACAUCUGUUCGAUCUGUCCAAUUAUCCGGUCGAACAUCACUGUCACGACACGAGAAACAAAAAGAUACCGGGAUAUUUCAAGGACGAAACGGGAAGUGAGCCCAUUGCAGAGUUUGUAGGACUUCGCGCCAAAAUGUAUUCUUACGUGUACGCCGUGAAAAAUAGAACUGAAAUAGAAAAUCUGGUAGUCCGAUGGAACGAGAUAAAAGAAAAACAGGUAGCUAAAGGUGUUGCAAGAGCAACCAUCAGACGUGAUCUCAGACACGAAAUGUACAGAGACUGUUUAUUUGACAACAGAACGAUAAUGACCAAAAUGAAUUCCAUUAGAAGCGACAAACACCAGUUGUACGUUUACACCGUCAACAAAUCGGGUCUCUGCGCUUUUGACGACAAACGCUGGGUCUUACCCAAUCGGUAUGACACGCUUUCAUUUGGUCAUUAUAUAAUUUCCGCCAUGGGAUGGCAAUAA